AUGUUGGGCGUGUGGUCUCUGCUUCUCCUCUGAGGUCUGGAGACUCCGUGCCAGGGGCUGCUUGAGACGGUGGGCAUGCUUGCUCGGAUUGACAAGGAUGAACUCGGCAAAGACAUCCAGAACUCGCUGGUCAGGGGGCUCAUUUUGCAGAACAUGCUGGGGACUGUCAUAUCUGUGAACUAGGGCCUCCUGGGCUCAGGGGGCCUGCUUGGAGGAGGUGGUCUGCUGAGCUAUGGAGGGGUUCUUGGCAUUGUCAAGGAGCUUUCUGGGCUGAAGACUGAGGAAAUCACACUGCCGAAGGUGUCUCUGAAGCUGCUGCCGGGGUUUGGGGUGCAGCUGAGCCUGCACACCAAGGUGGGCCUGCAUAGCUCCGGCCCCCUGGGGGGCCUCUUGCAGCUGGCAGCUGAGGUGAACGUGUGGUCGCGGGUGGCGCUGGGCGUGAGCGCGCGGUGUACGCCCAUCCUCAUGCUCAAGCGCUGCAGCACGCUCCUGAGCCACAUCAGCCUGCUCUCAGGGCUGCUGCCCGCACCGCUCUUUGGGGUCGUGGAACAGACACACUUCAAGGUGCUGCCAGAAUUCGAGAGUGUGAGGGCUGCAGGCCAGCUGUGCCCCGUGGUGGGCAGCGUGCUGGGCGUGGUGAAUGAGCUCCUGGGGGCUGUGCUAGGCCUGGUGCCCCUCGGGGCUCUUGGGUCUGUGGAAUUCACUCUGGCCACAUUGCCUCUCAUCUCCACCCAGUACGUAGAGCUGGAUGUCAAUCCCAUUGUGAAGAGCGUAGCAGGUGACAUCAUCGACUUCCCCAAGCCCCCCAACCCCAUCAAGGUGCCCCCCAAGGAGGACCACACAUCCCAGGUGACUGUGCCUCUCUACCUUUUUAACACUGUGUUUGGGCUCCUGCAGACCACUGGUGCCCUUGACCUGGACAUCACCCUUGAGCUGGUUUCCAGCUAUGUUCCACUGACAACUACAGAGCUGGCAGCUUUGGUCCCUGAGGCCCUGAGGAAGCUGCCACCAGGCCAGCAGCUCCUGCUCUCACUGCAGGUGAAAGAAGCUCCCACAGUCACGCUCCAGGGCAAGAAGGCCACGGUCUCCAUCCCAGCUAACAUCCAUGUGCUGUCCUACCUCCCUAAAGGGACCUACGAAGCCUUCUUCCAGCUGAGCGGAGUGAUGACUUUAAAUGCCCAGCUGGCUCCGUCAGCUACCAAGCUGCACCUUUCCCUGUCCCUGGAACGGCUCAGUGUCAAGCUGGCCUUCUCCUUGAUGCAAGUGACCCAUUUAGAAGAAUGGCUCAGUGAUAUGGUCCGGAUAGCUUACAUGCCAAAGCUCAAUGUGAACCUGGAUGUUGGAAUCCCCCUGCCUAAGGUUCUCAAAGUCAGUUUUGCCAAUGUGGCCCUCGUGAUCAUAGAGAAUGCCAUUGUGCUGACCGUGGCAUCCUAA